AAUCAGCAGUUGCGUUGUUGUUGUGUUUAUUUUAAUUUUUCUUUGCACACAUUCAUUUUUCAUACAAUAACUAUUUUGAUAUUGAUAUAACGAAAUAAAUAUUAAAUAAUAAAAUUAAAUAAACUAUUCAUAUAUCUUAGACAUUGUGCUGUUAUCAUUAACUUGCUAUUGCUGCGUAGAGAGAGAGAAACCACGCAAACGUCAGCUUAAAAACAAAAACUCAGGGAGUAGAAAUAAUAAUAUUCCAAAAACGCAAAAGAGAGUACAAUAUAUUAAAAUAAAAACUGUAAAAUAAUUUUAUAUUAUAGAAAAUUAUUUGAAAACUUUCGAAUUAUUUAUGGGUUCAGUUAUUUCUCAGCUACCGAAACAAACAGUUGUCGUCAAUAUGUCUUCACCUCAGGCACAAUUCGUACAAAAUGCUAUUAAAGACAAUAAAGUUGUAAUAUUCUCCAAAACCUAUUGUCCCUAUUGCACCAUGGCCAAGGAGCAAUUUAAAAAAUUAGCCGUCGACUUUCAUGUUAUUGAGCUGGACAAACGUAAUGAUGGCAAUGAAAUCCAGUCUAUUUUGGGCGAAAUAACUGGAGGCAGUACGGUUCCACGUUGUUUUAUAGAUGGCAAAUUCGUUGGUGGUGGUACUGAUGUUAAGAAAAUGUAUGAACAGGGUACUUUACAAAAGUACUUUGUCUAAAUAGAGAUACAAUGAAAUCCUAUUAAAUUUUUUUUGUGCUUAUAAACGUUAUUUAUAAAUUUGUUAACAAUUAAAACAAUUUUGUUGUAAAAAAUA